AUGCCAACAGCUUUGCUGCGACGAGAUGGUCGUGGGCAUCGCGAGAUGCGUGCAAAGGAGUUGCGGACCUCCGAGCUCACUCAGUUUGACGGCUCUGCGUGGUAUUCACAGGGACUCACCACCGUCGUUGUCGCCGUCAACGGCCCGGUUGCGGCACGGCAGGAGGACUACUGCAAAUGCGGGGUGCAGGUUUACGUCAACCGCGCUGUGCGCAUUCCGCGCGCCGGCGGCACCGACCAACUCUGCGUGGAGGAGCAACGUGUGGAACAACGCCGCACGGACGCUGCGGUGGAGAAAUUUCUCGCUGCCUCAAUGGAGGCGGCAGUGCGGCUCGACCGGUUCCCGCGUUGCGUCCUUGAGGCUCACGUCACGGUGUUGGCGGACGACGGCGCGCUCCUUUCGGUGGCCACAAAUGCACUCAUGUGUGCGCUUCUGGACGCCGGUGUGCCGUGCCGCACGACAGUCGCCGCCGUAAGCAUCGCUGUCUGUGCUAUAGAGGGCCAUUCUCAGCAAACAGGCACAACAGCUGCCGAGACGUCGUUUGUGUCGGCGCUCUCUUUUUCACCGUUGCUGCUGUUGCUCGAUCCCACACGCGUAGAAGAGGUGGGCGACGGGGUGCGCACAUGCGCCACCGCCACAUUUGUGCUGUCCAAUUCGGCUGAUGGUAGCAACAGCAGUAGCGGGGGCGUAUUGCUGAGUCAGUUGCAGACGUGUCCGCGGUCCGCGGCGUAUGGCGGACAAAUUUCUUCCAAGGAACUUGCAGGCAUGAUUGCGCUAGCCGAGCGAGCGGCGGGUUCCAUCUUUGCCUUCUUUCGCAACUGCAACGUGCCCCUGGAAUGA